CAUCCACGAGGAGGCGCUGUAAGAUUCCAGAGAGUUUUUUUCCCUCGCAUGCGACGAAACGUCGCACACUCUGAUUGGCUGGGGUCAUACGAUGUUGCGCAUGCCUAGAUGUGUUUUACGGCUAGCGACGGAAAUCUGUCAGCUCAGCUGUGACUGAAUCUCUGUCAAAUAUUUCAGUGUACUGGUUUCGUCUGGUCACUCCUGAGGCUUUAAAUCCAGAUUUGAUUUCACCGCAGCCUAUACUGUAGAGUUUUAAGGCUGAAUUUCAAUUAAGGAGGACACGAUGUCGAACAGCUCCAAGCGAAAAGAAGAAAGUCACCUGCUGAUGAAUGGGGGAGUAAAACAGUCCACAUGGACCAAAGUGUUCAACAGUAAAGCUGUCUGGGAGGAGAAGGAUGAAUUUUUAGACGUGAUCUACUGGCUCAGACAAAUUAUUGCAGUUAUCCUUGGAGUGAUUUGGGGAGUUGCUCCACUGAAGGGAUUUCUUGGAAUAGCCAUUUUCUGCGUCAUCAAUGCUGGUGUGCUGUACGUAUACUUCAGCAGCUUUCAGCAGGUUGAUGAAGAGGAGUAUGGAGGCACAUGGGAACUCACCAAAGAAGGCUUCAUGACUUCUUUUGCCCUUUUUCUGGUGGUGUGGAUAAUCUUUUACACAGCUCUACAUUUUGAAUGAGGAGAAUUCCACAAGGCUCUAAACAGACAUUUCUGUCGGAAUAAAUUGAGAAGCGAGAAUAACCUAAUGGUUUUGGGGUGUCAACACUCCCUACAUACUGUCUGACUUCUGGGUGUGCAGUCCAUCAAAGGAAUACGUGUCCACAAAGCAAGAUCAAGCAAGAACUCGGACAUGAACUACAUCACAAGCCUCUCUACAAACUGAUGCUUCCUUUUUUGUUUUCAUGGUAGCUUCCAUUGCCCUUCUCAGCUGUUCAUCUUUUGUCUUUACAUCAUGCUGAUCGUUUAUGACAGAAACACUAAAGAUAGGAAUUCAGUAGUUUAGCUCUGACUGAUAUUUUUUUUUCUUUUUUAUGAAUUGUGGAGGUUGUAACAUUGUUCUGAAAUAGUCUUAAAGUAGCACAGAUAACAACACAUUUUAUGCUCAGAGGAUAACAAAGUACAAACGCGGUCCCUACGCACUUCCACAUGCUCGUUCUUUUGCAAAUUAAAGGAAAAAGGUUCCAUCCUUCAACAUGCCACCAUUUAUUAAAUAGAAAAACAGCUUUUCAGAGGAAACUCCCUUUAUAAAACUAGUUUUAGUUCCCUUCCUUCAGCUAUGUUGAACCUUCACAAAGGUUCUCCAACAGUUUGGCAGUAAAGGUAGGAAUGUUCUAUCUAUCUGUGGUUUUAAUCUUGAUGGUUUUUUUUGUCUAUUAAAAAUAAGGCGUACAUCUUUUUUCUGCUCCGAUUAUAUGAACUUCUUUAAAAUAAACUGAGCUGUAACAAAAGUGAAAAUUGUAACACAUCACAGCAUUUCAAACAUCAAAUUAAGCGCUGGUUGUGACAAGUUAUUUUAUUUAAUCUUAUAGCUGUAGUAUCAAUUUGCUGUCACUUAGGUGGAGGAUUACCAACCAUUCAGGAUAAGAGGAAACGUGCAUGUAGUGUUAAGGUUGAACUGUUCACAGGCUGAAGUUGAAUCAGAUCUGUGCACUGCCAUGAUUUGUGUUGAGUGUUUUUGCUUUCAAAUUAAGUUAAAGGAUAAUUUAAACUUGAGUAGCUAAAUUUGUUUUAUUUUUUUGAGUUUCUAAUCAAAAGCUUGUCUGUUUUUCUUUUUCUAAUUUAAAGUCCUCUGUUAACUCAGUCAAUUUUCCUGUUUGUUAAAUCCAAAUUGUAUUACACAGAUAUAUUUAUCUUGUUUGAUAUAUCUCUCAGUAUUGUAUAGAACUUGCAGUUCUUGCAAAGCUAUUGUAAUAAUAGUUCUAUUCAGUAUGCAGCUGGCGUUUCAAAUGAUUGUAUUUUCUGACACGUCUUUUAAGAACCAUUAAACAAGGGCUUUGUUUAGCCUCCAUUUUCAAAAAAA